AUGGACCAGAUCUGGAUUGUGGUUUUGAGUUUAGGAGUUGUGUUGAACGCUGUUCCUGGUUCCUCUCAGGAUUCAGCCAAAACACUCUUUCUAGUCUCAGGUCCAGAGGUGUUGCAUGCUGGGACACCGACUCCUCUGGCUGUUACGGUCUUUGGUGACUUCUCUGGCAGGGUUGUGGCUGAAGUGACACACGGGGACAUGAAAAUUUCUGGAUCCAUCACCCACAACUCCUUCCUAAACUUGACAGUGAGGGGCUACACAGGGGACACUCUCAUUUUCAUCAACACCUCCACCCUCACCUUCAGCUUAAGGAACGUCUCCACCUUUAUUCAAACCGACAGACAACACUACCAACCAGGCGAUACAGUCAGAGUCAGAGUUGUUUGUGUCCAGCUGGAUAAUCGUCCGUACAAAGGGAGAGUGGAUGUCGUAGUACAGGAUCCCAGUGGGAAUUCAGUUGCAGAGUGGGAGUCUGAAGAGGAUCUCGGGAUUGUGUUGCAGGAAUUUAGUUUGUCCCAGAUGCCCCCUCUUGGAGAGUGGGAAGUCAUGGCUACAGUGAAUGGUGUUACUGAUAAGAGGGUAUUCUAUGUGGAGGAUUAUGAGCGUCCCUUUGAAGUGUUGCUAAAGGCACCGUCACAAGUCCUCGUAAGAGAAAAUGUCUCAGGAUCAGUGAGAGCACUUUAUCCAAGUGGACAGCCUGUCCAGGGAACCCUAACUGUCUCACUAACUCUGGUGUCUGAUAUGAUCGAUACAGAUUUGCCCUCCAUGAAAACACAAAGUAAACAGAUCUACGGGUCAACACAAUUUUCCUUCGACAAAGAACUGUUGCAAACACUUUUUACUGUAAUCAGAAGUGGAACACAUGUAAGUGUUGUUGCUUGUGUUACAGACAACUCAACAGGCUUUAAAGUGAACACAACAGUAGAAAUCCACCUUAUCAAGGACAUGUUCCAGCUUUCAUUCCAGGAUUAUCCAGUUACACUAAAGCCAUCAUUGCCCUUCAAUGCAAUACUUAAGAUCUCUAGAUAUGACAGGAAACCACUCAGCUCAGAGGAUCUGAUGUAUUCGGCUGUGAUCGAUGUCACUCAGACAACAUCAGGUUUUAAUGCUGAAUCUACAACCAUAACAGUCCCAGUGUCUGAGAAUGGGGACGUCAACAUUAAGAUUCAGUUACUGGAUCAGGUAGAGGUACUUUUUCUUCAGGCAAGAUUCCAAUCCAGUGAGGAGAGUCUGAGCAUUCACAAAAGCUACUCCUCUCCCAGUAGCUCAUAUAUCCAAAUCACCCAAAUACACACCUUACAAGCAAAGAUUGAAGUGCCUCUUCAAAUAAACGUGGAGAGCACCUUUCUACCAGCUAAGCUUCACUAUGUGGUAAGCUCCAAGGGUCAAGUGGUGGACGCUGGAACAAAGAAUUCCUCCUCAUUUUCCCUGACCCCUACAGUGUCUUGGUCUCCUGAGGCCUUUGUCACCGUCUACUGCAUCCUCUCUGACGGCGAGGUCACCAGUGACACAGCACGCAUACCCAUCAACCAACACGACCAUGUUUCUCUAAACUGGAGCAGUUCCAAAGCCCAGCCUGGUGAGCAGGUAUCUCUUACUGUGACGGUUCCUGAACCCAGGUCCCAAGUUGGAAUAAUGGUGAUGGGGACGCGUGACGACGCUUUGCCGCCUGACUUCAGUUUACAGGAGGAGCAACAGGAAUGUGAUAUUUGGAUGAUGACCAACGGCAGACUUGAUAAGAAAAAUCCACCCCAUGGACAUAAAAACGAUGGACAAACCCUGAUGAUAGAGAAGUACUGGAGCCACUGGAGGGAAACUAGUGAAUCUUUGCUGUGGUUAGACACUAAUUUAAGUGAUAAAACAUGGACGAGUGGGGAGAUAACAGUCCCAGAUGGAGUUACUUCUUUGACGGCUGUUGCACUGGUGAUGUCAGAUAGUCUGGGUUUGGGUUUCACUCCUGUGCCACAAAAGUUGUCAGUGUCCAAAGAUUUUUCCCUGUCCCUGGAUGUCCCAUCGUACCUCAUCAGAGGAGAGGAGAUUGUUCUGGAGGUUAAGAUCAUCAACCAUUUAGAGCAUGAAAUUGAGGUUAUUCUGCUUCUAGCCCAGAGUGAGGCCUUCCAGUUUGUUCUGGCAAACAGAGGAGAUGCCUCUGUGGUAAAUGCCCAAAAGCUCACCCUAGGGAGUCACGCGUCGGCUGUAGCUCUUCCUAUUAGGCCUGUGGUUCUUGGUGAGAUGGAAAUAUCUGUGGACGCUGUAUCUGCAGAUGCAUCUGACAGCCUUGUUUGGAGAGUGCUUGUGAAGGCUGAAGGAGUUGAACAGUCCUAUUCAAAGAGUCUUUUCCUGGAGCUGGCACCAGUGAAUCAGAACUACUCAAGAUCCGUCUCCUUCCCCUUUCCACCAGAUGUGGUUCCGGGCAGCCAGAGGGCCCAUGUGGCAUUGGUUGGGGAAAUCUUGGGCUUGUCCUUCAAUAACUUGGGUUCACUGGUUCAGCUGCCUCUUGGCUAUGGGGAGCAGAACAUGAUCCGCUUUGCUCCAAGUAUUUAUGUCCUCGGGUACCUGGACAAAUCCGCCCGGGAUGACAAGGAGAUCAGGAGCAGAGCUUUAGGCUACAUGAUGGAGGGAUAUCAAAGACAACUGUCCUUCCAAAACAAUGAUGGUUCAUUCAGUGGUUUUGGACCUAGCAGUGAUUCUGGAAGCACAUGGUUAACAGCCUUCGUGCUUAAGUGCUUCCUGCAGGCUCAGGCCUACAUGCAGGUAGACCAGAGUGUCCUGACCAGGGCCAGGACCUGGCUUCUGAAGCAUCAGGGAACCAAGGGAGAGUUCAGGGAGGUGGGCAGGUUGAUCCACACAGAGAUGCAGGGAGGUCUGGACAGCAGUUCAGUGGCACUCACAGCCUAUGUGCUCAUAGCACUGUUGGAGGACGAGAACUAUGCGGAAAUGUAUCCAAAGAAUGUGUCCCUGGCCCAGAAGUACCUGGAGGACAGCGUGUCCAGUGGAGUGAUCAGUAACUACAGCUUAUGUUUGGUGACCUACGCUUUAACUUUAGCCAACAGUCCUGUGGCGGGUGCUGCCCUCUCUGAGCUCAGCAGGAGAGCUGACUACAGAGAUGGAGUCAUGAUGUGGCAAUCUUCAGUUAGCUGCGAGUCAGAUGACUGGCAGCCAUGCUCAGCACAGAUCGAGAUGGUCUCCUAUGUCCUGCUGGCUCUUUUUAGACGUGGCAGCUUAGUUGAGGGCAUAGGUCUCAUGAAGUGGUUGAGCAAGCAGAGAAACUAUCUUGGAGGCUACGGGACAACACAGGACACAGUGGUUGCCCUCCAGGCUCUUGCGUACUAUGCUGCCUUCAGUGGUGCCCACUCCAUCGAUCUCAGACUGAAUAUAUCCACCUCUGCAUCGCCGUCUGGGUCAUUAUUUGGCAUCAAUUCCUCCAACUAUCGGACAUAUCAGAGCCAGGAGAUUAACGCUGACCAUGAUAUAAACCUGAACAUAUACAUGGAAGGACGAGGAUUUGCAGUUUUUCAGCUGAAUGUCUUUUACAACGUGGAGAGCAAAGCAUUUUCACAGAACCUCCAGAACACCAUGGAUGAGGAGGCUUUUUUAUUAGACGUGGAAGUAAGCGAGGAGAGAGACCGCACUCACAUGAAGUUCUCCAUAUGCACAGGAUUAAAGGACAAUCAGAUGGUAUCUCAUACAGGCGUGGUUAUAAUGGAUGUGGGCAUGCUCAGUGGGUUUAGUCUGUCCCCCGGGGCUGCUGCCCCAGCAGAUUUUAUCAGAAAGGUGGAGAUACUGCCUGACAGAGUCAUCCUCUUCCUAAAUUCACUUACCAAGGCGAGGGUGUGCAUCACACUCCCAGUCAUCAGAGAAUACAAAGUGGCCCGGGUACAGGAUGCUGUGGUGCAGGUUUACGACCACUCGGAACCAAAGAGAAAAGCAACAAGAACAUACAACUCAGAUGCUCUGCACAACAUGAACUCCUGUUUCUUCUGUGGUGAGGCCUGUGAUCUCUGCAGGCCAGGAAUCACCAUCACAGUGUCAUCCCCGCUGUCGUCUCACUCAAUACAGAGCGUCACCCACAGUUUGAUUUACCUGUUUCUUGGAGUGUGUGCUGUUUUUAUUGUAGCCUAAGUUGAUUAAAACUUUGUGAAGUAACAGGUAGAUCUAUGUCAUAUACUCAGACAGAUAUAAUAUCAGCAUGCACAUUCAUUGAUAUGCACUGGUUGCAAUGUGAAAUGUUUCUUUAAUAUAAAAUGUUUAUUUGGGGAUGUCCCGAUCCCGAUCUCAACUAUCGGAUCGGAGCCGAUCUGGAUGUUUUUUAAUUAAUUGAUGAUCAGGAUUUUGAGCCGAUCAUCUCAUCUGAUUAUUUACGUCCACUGUCACUGAACACAAUUUGCUGCUGAAGACCGAGUGUAAUUGAGCGCUCUGAGUUCGCUUAACUAUACAUAAUGAGAAAAUAAUAAAUGGGGCAUUGAUGUAGAACAAGGCAUAAUUUACAUUUUAUUGUAGAACUCACAUGUGCACCGCCAGACACAUUUAAAAAAAAAGCAUAUGCUCUAUGCACCCUAUGGUAACUCUCCAUGGACAUAUGGUUCAAAAAGACAAAAACAUAAACCAAACACAGGACAGUCUGUUAAAUUAGCAUUUGCAACCUUGUGGCUAGCAGCAGAUAUACCAAAAGGUUGCUCCUAAAUUAGCGACAGCUACUGUUCCCUAUGCUGGUAUUCCACUCAGUAACUGGCAUGCAAUGGUGUUUUGAUCUCCCAAUAUUUACGUUCUCCGUGUCAUUGUGAAUCACGCACCGCCUCGUGAGAGUUGCGUUCAGAGCACGAUUUAAGUGUGCUGUAAUGCAUUCAAACCCGUUUUGUGGGUCUCAUACAGCAGAUCUUGUAAAACAGAUUGAGUUUUACAACAAUGCUAGCUGGAUUAAGUUGAAUGGAAUAAA